GCCAACUUAAUGCGCCUAGUUCAAUUACUCUAUAUCUUUAAUUUUAGACCGAUUAAUAGUGUGGUUAUUUAAUAAUUAAUUAAUUAAGUCCGAGGUGGGCUGAAAAUUUGGGGUGUGCAUUCGCUUGGGGUGUGCAUUGACCUUGGAAAUCGGUUACAACUCGCCUGGAACUGCUUUCCGACCGAGACGGACCGAGGCGGACGCGUCGCGUCCCCUUGCAAAAACUAUUUCACAUCUUCGAACUUUACCAAAUAUCAACAAUACCUCCUGCCUCAAUGGAGACUCAAUUACGCAACAACACAGUCCUACAGUACUUCCCUCGAUUCAAGAGGUUUCCAAUCGAAAUCCGAUGCAUGAUAUGGGGUUGCGCAGUUCACCUAUGCCACUCUCAAUUCAUCCAAGUCUCCAUUUCCGACCCUCAACUCCUCGAGGUGGACGCCUACCCCUCAAAUGCUACCUGGAAACAUCUCUUCUUCUCUACACAUCCAAAUGUACCUUCACUUCUACACGCCUGCCGCGAGUCCCGUCAAGCAGCAAAAGUCUUCUACACCAAGGGCUGGGAAACGAAAUCAGAUGGAUGGAGCUGUGACGGAUGGGCCCAAUUUCCCGAGCAACGUGCGGACCCCACCGACUGUGAGAUCGGUGAUGAGUUUGAAGAUGUGGGCAAAGGCUUGUACUGGAGACCGGACCGCGAUGUGGUGGUUUUCAAGCACGACAAAGAGCCAUACGCCUGCCAAAAGACAUCGAUUUGCAAAGCCGAAGGCGCCGCGUAUGGAUUGUAUCCCGAUGAACGAGUUCGCUUCCUCCUUAUGCCGCAAGAAAUAUUCGAACGUUCUCUUCACUUUGGCAACCUUCAAGUACCUAAUGUAGAGAUUCUGUUUGUGCUGGUCGAGAAGCCACGCGAGGAUCCUGUGUUGGCGGGGUUUGGCAUCAGUGAGAGGUACACUGACGACAAAUUCAGGGGCUGGGUGGAAAGAGAACAGGAAGAGUGGUCGGAGGCUGAUUUUGUUGGGCGCCUUUUCAACUCCUUCGAGAGAAAAAGCACUUUGGGCAAGAUUGUGGUGAGGAUUGUUACUAACCUGGAUGAGGUUUCGCAAAUCGUGGCAGAUUGGCCAUCCCCAGCAGAGCUAGCUCAGCCUUAGAAUUGGCUGCGGAGGUUGAAGAUUGGGUUUCGAGGUCUGUCAUGUCUUGUUCGAGCCCAGUAUGA